AUGCUGCAAAUUUCAUGGCCUCUUCUCGCUGCGGCUGGCCUCGCCACGGCAUCGAGGCCAGCGAAACGUUUAGACAAUGGUCUUGCGUUGACGCCUCCGAUGGGGUGGAACUCGUAUUCUAUCAUGCAAUCCAACGCAAAGGCACUGAAAGAACUUGGACUGGCGGAUCUCGGAUACUACUACGUUACCACUGACUGCGGCUGGACUCUACCACAUCGCGCGAAGGACGGGACAUUGACAUGGAACGAGACUAUCUUUCCGGACGGCCUUCCAGCACUGGGAGACUACAUCCACAGUCUUGAUCUGGGCUUCGGAGUCUACUCUGAUGCUGGGGUACAAAUGUGUAUGACGGGUUUGCCUAACCAGACCGGCAGUCUCUACCAUGAGCAGACCGAUGCUGACACAUUCGCGUCCUGGAAUGCGGAUCUGUUGAAGUACGACAACUGCUACUCUUCGAAAGCACGAGGCUACCCGAAUGUGGACUAUGAGCCGCUGCAUUCACCACGUCCAAGAUACAAGACUAUGCUUGAGGCGCUUCAGGACACCGGUCGGAAGGUGCUGUAUCAGAUAUGUGACUGGGGCGUCGAUUUUCCAAGCGCUUGGGCUCCACAGCUAGGCAACACUUGGAGAAUUACCAACGACAUCGUCCCGGAGUGGCGCACUAUCUGGAGGCAGAUCAAUCAGCUCCCUCCAUCUGCUAGUUAUGCCGGCCCGGGCCAUUGGCCUGACCUCGAUAUGCUGGAAGUGGGCAACGAUAUCUUCACCGAGCCUGAGGAGCAGACUCACUUUACUCUGUGGGCACUCGCUAAGUCCCCACUAACAAUUGGCUGUGCGCUCAAGGAUACGUUUAACGCUGUGAGCAAAUCAUCGCUCGCCAUUUUGAGCAACAAGGAUGUCAUUGCCAUCAACCAGGACAGUCUCGGCAAAGCUGUGAACCUGAUGCGCCGCUAUACCGAUGCUGGAGUGGACGUCUGGGCCGGCCCAUUGAGCGGAGACCGAACGGUAGUUGCUCUGGUGAACUGGAACAACCAAUCUAUCAGUGGCCAACUUCAUUUGUCUGACGCUGGCGUUCAGAGUGCUGGCCACGUCAAAGACAUAUGGAAUGACAAAACCAGCUCGAAUGUUGUUACAACAUAUACCGGGGAUGUUGCCGCUCAUGGCACUCUGCUACUGGUGCUUGCAGACACAACUCCAGCUGGUACUUACAGGACAGAUCAAUGUGGUCAUUCGAAUGGGGAUCGGGUUACGUAUAGCAAUGUCUACGGCAUGACAGACAGCGGCGAGUACACUCUGACGAUCAACUUCGGUAAAUCAAACGAAGAUGAGAAGACCGUUCAUGUUUCGACUUCAGCAUCCUCAGAGCCACAAAAGAUACGAACCUCCACCAACGCCGUGUCCGCACGCAUCUCCCUCAAGGCUGGCUCAGCCAACAGUAUUACUCUGAAGACGUCGGCCAACGUGGACUCCAUUAACGUGUCACACCCCGAAGGCAAGUUCUACGCCAGCACCGCAUUCAGCGUCUCCGGCACAGCCUCGCACCACAAAUGCACACCAGGCCUCUGCGCACCCGUUGGCUCCAAGAUCGCCAACCUGACCGCGCAUGGCUCUGCCAGCGUCACUGUACCCACGGAUAAGAGAGCCGGUAGCUCACGCUACAUCGAGCUCACCUACAUCAACAACGACGUCUCCCUCGACAGCGCAUGGACCAACGGAACGAACACUCGCAACAUCACGGUCGCUGUGAAUGGCAACGCUCCGCACCGACUUGAGGUUCCACUGUCAGGAAGGAGUAGCGAGCUGUUCAGUCCGAUGAAGGGAUGGGGUGAUCCUGCGACGCUGGGAAUGCUUGUUGGUGGGUUUGGGGGUGCUGGAGGGAGGGAUGAGAUUGUUGUGAGCAAUGCUGGGGGUGGAGACGGGGUGCAGCCGUAUGGAGCGGACUUUGUUGGCUUGAGAGUGGUGUAG